UAGAAAAGUCUGCAGGAAUUGCAAGUGUUCCCGGGAGGACCAUGGGGGCGCCAUGACCUCUAUUAGCAUGGCGGAAACUGAACGCAUUACCCACAAGAUGGCGCUGCCGUUUGGCAGUAGCAAUGAGGCACAACAACGUCAAUCCCAAUCCGAUGACGACAGUGGUUGCGCAUUGGAGGAAUAUACUUGGGUACCUCCAGGCCUAAAACCAGAACAAGUACAUCUGUAUUUUUCUGCCUUACCGGAAGACAAAAUUCCUUAUGUCAACAGUGUUGGAGAGAAGUACCGAAUCAAACAACUCUUGCAUCAAUUGCCGCCACACGACAAUGAAGUGCGAUAUUGUAAUGGACUCAGUGACGAAGAAAAGAGGGAGUUACGCUUGUUUUCGGCACAGCGAAAACGAGAGGCUUUAGGGCGGGGCACUAUACGUCAACUUCCUGUUACUCUUCAAUCAUCAAUGACUUGUCAAAACUGUGAAGAGGCGAUAGGAGGUGGAGAUAUUUGUGUUUUUGCUUCUCGUGCCGGACCCAACACGUGCUGGCACCCCGCGUGCUUUGUAUGCUCGGUUUGUGGUGAGCUGCUCGUCGACUUGAUCUACUUCCAUAGAGAAAACAAACUGUACUGUGGUCGUCACCAUGCGGAGAGUCUGAAACCGAGAUGUACAGCUUGUGAUGAGAUCGUGUUUGCUGACGAGUGUACAGAAGCUGAAGGCAGAGCGUGGCACAUGAAACACUUCUGUUGUUUCGAGUGUGAUCGGCAGCUAGGAGGGCAGCGGUACAUCAUGAGGGAAGGGAGGCCAUAUUGUCUUCACUGUUUCGACGCCAUGUUUGCUGAAUACUGCGAUACGUGUGGAGAGCCAAUAGGGGUCGACCAGGGACAAAUGUCACACGAGGGUCAGCACUGGCACGCCACAGAAACGUGCUUCCGCUGUUACACCUGUCACGUGCCACUACUAGGACGGCCUUUUCUUCCACGGCGUGGCCUCAUCUAUUGUUCUGUCCCAUGUAGCAAAGGUGAACUGCCAACAUCAAAAUCAAGCUCAAGAGGUAGCCCGGUGGCGUCAUCUCGUGACCAAAGUAUUAAACAGAGUCCAAGCCAGAGCCCUUCUUUAAGCCGUAAAUCUGGUAUUUCCUCUCUUCCGUACCAGGACAGCUUCUCGGACCACAGCUCUCUUCGCUCUGAGCAAAUUGAGAAGAUUGAGAAAGUAUGGCGAGCUCAAAAGAAUAUCGAUGGAGGAAUGACUGUUGUGGAGGAGAGAAUCAGUAACAGCCCCCGAGAAUGUGGUAGUACUUGUGAUAGCAGUAACGGCCGGACUAGAGAACCUCUGAACCUCUCGGACUUUACGUUGGACGCACUGAUGGCCAAUGCUGAAGUAUUUGUUCAGGAAAUACAACAUCGCCAGCAGAGGCGACAGCUGUCUGUGAUUCAGAAACACCAGCAGCGUCUGUCCGGAGCUCAUUGUUCUAUGCCAGACCUCACGCGAGAUGCCAGUACAUCGGCGCAAGGAACGCCACCACUGACCCCGCCAGUUGUACAAGAUGUGGCAGAAAAGUGCUUUCAGGUGGAGGAAGAAUCUUCCAGGCCAUGUUCCGGAGGUAGAGCUAGUUCCAAUAGCGGAUCUUCCUCUAGACAAUUGUGUGUUCACUUUGAUCCUAAGGUUAUCAAAGACCCGCCCUCUAGCGGCGGUACAGACUCCAAUGCUGGAGCCAGGUCGCGGCAUAACAGUUGUCGAGCUGAACCUGGAAGUGAUUCUAGUUCUUCAUCCAGUGAGGAGACUCUACCAUCAUCCCAUAAAGUUCCAGCGAAAGUUCCGCCAUCUAGUGGCAGAGCUGCCAAACAUUCGUCUUCCCGUGGUGCCAUUCCUCGCAGUAGAAGCUACGGUGGUCAUCCUUCUUCGGAGGAAAAUUUUCGAGAUGGUUUGAACCAGAACGCAGAAAAGCUGUCCUAUUCACAAACCCCAGGAACUAAAUCCAAACUACAUGGCAUGGAGUUUGAGAGUAAAGUAGUGGAUAAGUUUCUGAGUUCGAGAGUUGUUAAACCAAAUGAUGAAGACUGUUGCAGCACAUGUUCAAGUUCAAGUUCCGACGACUACCCUUACGAACUGCCGCCAAGAAGAGCCUAUGGAGGCGUGAGAAUUUCGUACGUCAGCAAUGACGCCCUUGCUGUGGCUCGUCAGAGAACUCGUACCCUUCCUAUAAUGAAUGAUGACAGGAAAAAAGAACAAAAUAAAAAUUGUAUCAUUUCAUGAAAUUAUAUAUUUAACUCCGAUGUAUUCAGGUGUUCCUCUAAGUUCGUAGCUUUGCAUCUAUGCAACAUUGAGUUGAUCGAUUUAUUUGGAUGUAUAAAAGAUUCUCGAUGGUUAUUGUUAUUUAGGGGCAUAUACUUCAGAGGGUCUAAAAAUGUUCGCGAAAACAAUAUGUAAGAUCAAAUUUGUUUCAGAAUCCAAAAAAAAAACAAAAAAACUUUUACUUGUUUGUUAAAUGAACAAGAAGUAUUAAUAAGAGAUACAAUAGAUCAAAACUUUUUACAGCUGAACAUAACUGACAUUUUUGAGAGUUUGUUGCAAGCAGUUAUUUAACCUGUCUUUAAAAGAAAUUACAUGUAUACUGUUGCCCGGAAUAGAUUCUCUACAAUUCCAAUGGAAAAGUAAUAUUGUCGAUUGUCUAGUGCCAAAUUGUUAAAACACUGUUUGUUUGUUUUUCAGAUACAAACAUGAAAAAUUAUUAUUAUACCAAUUUAAAUACAGGGUUGGGAAAAGCGACUAUACAGUUGUUUCGUUUAGAACGUAGUUUAAUUUCUCACGUCUUACUUUGAAAAACUAAAAUAUGUUUCCAUUGUCUUUGCAAUAUUUUCUUUAGUACCAACUGUAUGGUAAAAGUUCCCCCACCCUAUAUAAGUAUGUAUAUAUAAAUUUAUGAGACUUCUUUUCAUAUUUCUAGUGUUAAAAACUAUACAAAUUGCUGAAUAAUAACAAUUAUGUUAUGAAAUUGGCAGACCUACAACACAAGUAGGUAUGUAUCAAUUGAUCUAUUGCAGUGAGAGCUUUGCUUUGACUCUGAAAACACUCUUUCUAUAAGAUACUCGUCAGUAUUUUUCAUUAUGAAAUAAUUAAUUAUAACAAAGUCAUUCAGAAAAUAAUAACUAAAUGUGGAACAGAAUGACGAGAAAUUAAAACUAAUUCAUUGCAGUUCUGUAAAGUUAUGCAAUGCUUCAUAAUUAAAAGCAGUAGUUAAGUUCAUAAGCUUAUAAUAAAAAUUAAUAGUGUCUUCAGGGUAACAUAAUCAAUUGCUUUCUGCGCCUUUCAUUCACGUUAAUCAAGUUUUUCUUGUUCCUCUUCGCUAAUGGAUAUUCCUGGUGUCUUUGGUAAUCUAUUCAAACUGAUAUACCUUUUUUAUAAUAUAUAUAUAUUAAAGAUAAAACAGAUAAAUUUAGUCAAACAUUUCAAUUGUGCCUCCUCAGCAAUGAAGAAUGGAUCUUUUCUCAUUUGAAGACUGUUUUGUAGCGUCCUUUUUGUUGUUGUUGUUUUUUAUUGUUGGUUUUACUCAGUAUUCCUACAUCCUCAGAUUUAUCAGCUUCUUACCAAAAGACAUAUUCCACUGUCGUUGAGUCGCUAAAAGAAAUAAGCAGAUGAGAGAAUUCAAGACUAAUCGCCAGUAAAUAGUAGCUUUUCAUUGUCAUAAAUAAUCUAGCCUUUAACUUUCAAGGGCUCGGUUCUUUCAAGCGGAAAGAUCCAAAGUAAACAGAGGGCGUAUAUGAUCUAUAUUCUGCUUACUGAAUGUGCAAGUUAAGCUUCAAUGUAAUGUAGCGCCUAAAGCUGCAAAAUGGGUUCUCUACGCUGUGCCCACCGAAGGGAUUGAGUCCCAAUUUUUUCAGCGUUCUAAGCUCUCAGGCUUCCCCCUGAGCGACUAUUGUUUAACUUAAUUCAGAGUAAGUGAUGCAGUUUAGAAGAUUAAAUGAUUUAUUACCCACUAAAGCUGAAGCCUGUAACAAUACACUAAGUGGGCUUUUCUAAAUAAUUUCCUGUUUGCUAUUUCGAACUGAGAACAUCAACAAAUUAGAUUUAAGGGGAAGUAUAUAUUUUAAGAUUUAUCGUUGUUAGUAUCUAUAAAAGCCGUCAGAUGCCAGCACUUACUAUACCGCUACAUAUGAUCAUUUUUAUUAAUUGUAUCCAAUUUUUAAAAAAGAUUAAAACCUUCACAUUAGCUGGAAUUCUUUUCGAAAGCAUAAAAGCUAAAUUUCGUUAAACCCCACCAUGGUCAACAGGGUAUCCGGAAAUUACCUUACUAUUGUAUCGAUUUUUAAUUUAAUUCUUAAGUUAGAAUUUGUUUUUUUCGAUUCAUUAUUGUACUGUUAACUUUUGUAUACGUACUGUAUAGAAUUGAAGUAAAAACUCGUUUUCGGGAAGGAAAAUUUUACCAAGGUAUAUUUCGCUGUGAAAUUCUAUUAAAUUUCUACCUGUGUAUUUGUUUCACUGUAUUUAUUUUACAAAUUUAUAUGACGGGAAAUUGUUAGUUCUUCACAGUAAUUCCCAUUCUCUUCGAAUGAGUUUAAGAUAUUUAAAUCAGUUCUAAACGAGAAAGAUUUGUUUGUUCGAAGUUGAGCACAAAGCUACAUCCGCGCUCUGGCCACCACAGGUAUAGAAACCCGGUUUGUAGCGUUAUAAGUCCACAGACAUACCGCUGCUCUACUGGGAGGCCAAACGAGAAA